CCGUCUUUCCUUAUCCUACGCUCUAUUAUCCCACUCCAUUUAUAUCGGACAUACGACGCUCUUGAUUCAUUAUCACCCCUUAGAAAAGAGACGGACGUUUAAGACCUGGUUUGCCUGCAGAGUGUCCCACCCUUCUCAAGAUGUCUGACGAUGAUGAUUUCAUGCACGACUCCGCCGAUGAAGAGUAUGACUUUGAAUACGAAGAUGCAGAUGACGAUGAGUCCGGAGAUGUCGGGAUCGAGAACAAAUACUAUAACGCGAAACAGAUGAAGAUGGAUAACCCCGAGGAGGCAAUUGACGAGUUCCUAGGGGUACCUGCCCUGGAGCAGGACAAAGGAGACUGGGGGUUUAAAGGGUUGAAACAAGCGAUCAAGCUCGAGUUUAAACUUGGAAGAUACAGCGAUGCCGUCGAACACUACAGGGAAUUGUUAACGUACGUCAAAUCGGCCGUCACGCGAAAUUACUCCGAAAAGUCGAUCAACAACAUGCUGGAUUACAUCGAGAAGGGAUCGGACGACGAUAAGGCCUACCAGUGCAUGGAAGAAUUCUACUCCCUGACGCUCAACUCUUUCCAAAACACGAAUAACGAACGAUUAUGGCUCAAGACGAACAUCAAACUGUGCCGCCUCUGGUUAGAACGGAAGGAAUAUGGCCAACUGAGCAAGAAAGUACGGGAGUUGCAUCGGGCCUGCCAGAGGGAAGAUGGCUCGGAUGAUCCCAGCAAAGGCACAUAUCUCCUCGAACUAUACGCGCUAGAAAUCCAGAUGUACGCCGAGACCAAGAAUAACAAGCGACUGAAGGCACUUUACCAACGGGCGCUCCGAGUGCGAUCCGCAGUGCCGCAUCCCAAGAUUAUGGGGAUCAUCCGAGAGUGUGGGGGCAAGAUGCAUAUGAGCGAGGAGAACUGGGAAGAGGCGCAAAGCGACUUCUUCGAGUCGUUCCGAAACUACGACGAGGCGGGAUCAAUGCAGCGAAUCCAGGUCCUCAAGUAUCUUGUACUGACGACGAUGCUGAUGAAAUCGGAUAUUAACCCGUUCCACUCACAAGAGACCAAGCCGUACAAGAGCGACCCGCGCAUCUCGGCGAUGACGGAUUUGGUGGAUGCCUUCCAGCGGGACGACAUUCACACAUACGAAGCAAUCCUAAGCAAGAACCCGGAUGUUCUUGCGGAUCCGUUUAUCGCGGAAAACAUCGACGAGGUCAGCCGGAACAUGCGGACCAAGGCGGUUCUCAAACUGAUCGCACCAUACACACGAUUUACGCUUAGUUUCAUCUCGAAACACAUUAAGAUCUCUGUUCCGGAGGUGCAGGACAUUUUGAGCUUCCUGAUUCUCGACAAGAAACUCAAUGCUAAGAUCGACCAGGAGAGCGGGACUGUUGUCGUCGAAAGCGCCAGCGACGUGGAUCGACUCCGGUCCCUGGAAGAGUGGAACGCAUCACUGCGAGCGCUGUGGCAAGCGACACUGAAUGAGGGCGACGGAUUCAAAGGCGACGAUGCUUCGCAGCUCCCCGGAAUGAGAACCGGCUCAGUGUUCCAAUCGGGAUUUGGAGACGAAGCGCCUGCGGGGGGGUUACGUGCUGGCAGCCACCGAUUACGGAGGGGGUGGAAGGGCAAAACAGGCCACGGGAUAAAAUCUGGCGCCGGGGGGUUUUAGCGGGGAGAAAGAAAG